AUGGACAACUAAAACAUUAGCAAUGAAAUUAUAGAAAAUGAAAGCCAGGGUUCACAAAUUUCUACUGUAUUAGAAGAUCAAGAACCAUUUUAGAGUACAAGCCAAAGUAGGUAGAUGUAUAAAUUAUUCAAGUCAUUUGAACUGCUCAGUAAAUAUACCCUUUUCUAGAAUGUGACUAGUAAAAAACUGAAGAAAUUUACUUUAAAUGAAUUAUGUUCCUUCGGAAAGCAAGCAAUUUAUUAGUCAAUCCCUGAUUAAAGAGAAUUUAUGACUUUCAACAAACAAGCAAGAGAGUCUCUUAUGAAAGCUUAAGCUCUUAUUUUGGAUAUCAUACAAUCUCAGAAUUGCCCAUUUAUUCUGGAAUUAGGAGAUUCAUUGGAAUUCUUUGGGUCGAGUGUGGAUAAGAGUAGACUGAUCUACAUUCCAAUUAAGACUAAUGAAUUAUUGAUGGAGAUAAAUAAUGCAAUUAUCCAGUAGUUUAUAGAUGAUAAAAUAUUAGAAAGAAAUGAUCUAGCUGGUGCACAUAUUGAACUAAAUCAAUAGAAAUCUAGAUAUGAGCAGCAAAAUAUGCAUCUGACUCUUAUAAAUACCAGACUUGUGAAAAAUGAGAGGAAGAAAAGGAGUAAUUAAUCAGAAUAAAAUAAUAAAUCAAAGUAGAAAAAGUUCUCUAAGAAGAAAAAAGGUAAAAAUUUUAAAAGACCAGAAUUUGAAAAAUUAUCAAUUGAUGCUACUGAAGUUAUCUAAGUUCCAUUAAAACUUGGUAGUUUUUAAGUAAAUUAAAUCUGUCUCUGUGAUAAGAACUAAAUCGACAAUCGGGAAUUGUACUCAGAACCUAUACAUACUCUAAGAAUAUGA